AUGAAGUUCGAAAACUCAACAGAAGAUAUUAUGCACGAAAAAGCGCCAGGAGAACGCUUGCGCGAGGACCGCCGGCGCGCUGCGUGGCAAGCAUUCCCGCCUUUUUGCCAGACCGACGUAUUUAUUGGCAACACUGAUGCAUUGCCCGAAGAUACCCUCGCGAUACCAGAUACGAUGCACCGCACUUUGAUACCAGACUAUUGUGACAUUAAUAAUAUUUUGAAAAUAUCAAAUCUGCACCAGUAUUUUGAUAGCUACGCCGGCGGCAUCAGAAGGAAUAUGAAUAAAUUGUAUAAAUAUUUAUCGGCACGCAUUAUGCCACCGCUCCAACCGGCGUCUAGAGGCAAAACGAACACGACACAAAUACAAGAUUCUGGACCGACA